AUGUCAUGUCCCCAUGUCUCCGGUGUCGUCGCGCUUCUCAAAUCUACACAUCCACAUUGGUCUCCUGUUGCAAUUAGAUCCGCCCUCUUGACAACAGCUUACAACGUGGACAUAUAUGGCGACGAUAUAGCAAUUGAAGCGUCGGAGAAAUCUGCGGAUCCGUUCGACAUCGGAUUGGGACACAUUAAUCCACUAAAGGCCUUGGAUCCGGGGCUUGUCUACGAUGCCACAAUGACGGACUAUGUUCAUUUUCUAUGCAACAUGGGGUAUUCCGAAGCCCAAAUACAAGCCAUGCACAUCUGCCCAUUACUAAUAAUCAUGUGCCCGGACAAGCCCGAGCCCAACUGGAACAUAAACUACCCAUCCAUCACUGUGUGGGACCUCAGGUACGCCACCACGGUCAAGAGAAGUGUGAGAAACGUGGGGCAUUCCAAAACGGGUGUGUACUACGUUAGCGUGGUGAAACCACAUGGCCUUGAGGUUGUGGUUUGGCCCAAAGUGUUGGUGUUUUCCCCUUUUAAAGAGGAGAUAACGUAUCACGUGACUAUGAGUCCGCUCAAGAUAUCUCAAGGUAGAUAUGAUUUCGGCUCCAUUAUGUGGUCCGAUGGAUUCCAUCAUGUUAGAAGCCCGCUGGUUGUGCAGGUCAAUACUAAUGCGCCUCUCACCGCCACUAUUGUUAAUGCGUCAAACUCUCUCUCGGAUAUAUGA